UAAAAUGAGGCGCGACCGAAACGAAGCGCGACCGAAGUGAUCGGCUACCGCUCUAGCAGAUGUUGGUUGGAAAUUCGAGUUGUAAUUUGGCAAAUCACGUGUUCCAAAAUUAAAUUUUCAAACACUUAUUAGUUUAGUUUGAUAAAAGGCUCCCAAUGGAUAGUGGGAAUAAGCCUGGAAGUUUUUCAAGGAAAGAAUUUACAGGAUUUAAUGUGUGAACAUAUUUGCAGCACAAUACAGUAUGUCAGAACAAGAAGAGAAUUUGCAUAAUGCAGUGAAACCUGAAAUUAAAGUCGAACCAGGCCAGUGCUGUGUUUUUGAUAACCAUGAAGAAAGUUUUUUAAAUAGUUUUCCAACAAUUCCAUCAAUGUUAAAUCCUGUGAGGUCACAAAUGGAAAUUGAAAAUAAUGAUAAAUGUAUGAAAUACGAGGAUGACUGCAGAAGUGUGUUCAAUGAAAAACAAUACAAGUUUGACAGUUUAAAGGAACAUUUGAAAAAAAACAAUGAACCUCUGGAAAAUAUAUGUGAACAUUUUAGAGAAACCCAUUUAGGAAUAAAAAUAGAGGAAGCAAACUCUCAAUGCCCAUGUUUUGCAAAGGAAUUUGAUCACAGAAGUAAACCAGAAAAACAUUUGAAAAUACAAACCAAAAAUAUGCCAAAUAAAUGUAGGAACACACAUUUAUGGAAACUUAAAGGAGAGGCAUCUUAUGAAUGUUAUCGUUGUGGAAUGAAGAACAAUCAAGACAAGAGUUUGAAGAUACAAUUAAAGAAACAUAAAAGAGAAGUAGCAUAUGAAUGUGAACAGUGUGGAAAGAAAUUUACACACCGGAACAAUUUUAAAACACACUUAAGGACACAUACUGGAGAGAAGCCAUUUGAAUGCGAACCUUGUGGAAUGAAGUUUACCCAAAGUAGCACUUUGAAAGCACAUUCAAAUAUACAUACAGGAGAAAGACCGUAUGAAUGUGAUCAUUGUGGAAAGAAAUUUACCCGAAGUAGUACUUUGAAAGCACAUUCAAGUAUACACACAGGAGAAAGACCGUAUGAAUGUGAACAUUGUGGAAAGAAAUUUAGAAUUAAAAGCUGUUAUAGACAACAUUUAAUGAGACACACAGGUGAAAAACCAUAUGAAUGUGAACAUUGUGGACGGAAGUACAUUCAAAGGAGCGACUUGACAAAGCAUUUAAGGAUACACACAUUAGAGAGACCAUUUGAAUGUGAAUACUGUGGAAAGAAAUUUACCGUAAGUAGCAAUUUGAAAGCACAUGUAAGGAUACACAAUGGACUUAAAUUAUGAAUGUAAACAUUGUGGAAGGAAGUGUAUUAGUAGUGGCGAUUUGAAGAAACAUAUACGGAUACACACAGGAGAGAGGCCAUUUGAAUGUGAACAUUGUGAAAAGAAAUUUAUUCAAAGGAAAAAUUUGAAAGAACAUGUAAGGAUA